AUGAACGAGUACAAACAGACAUGGGCGGCUAGGCAAGCGCAAAUGACGGCGCAGUUACGCGACUCAGAGCACGCAGCCAAACAUGCAGAGGACAAGGUCAAGGCAAUGGAGCUAGAGGUGGCCGAAGCUCACGAACAACUGGAAGACUCUCUGCUGGACAAAGAGAUGGCCGAAGAGAACCUCGAGAUAUCGCAGUCCGAGGCCACAAGCGUGCGAGAGGAAUUGGAGGCACUCAAGCUGGACUUUGAGAUCAUGCAGAUGGAGGCUCACACCCCGGCCAAUGCGGGUGAUGGGGAAGGGGGGGCCUCUGCGUUGCAGGUAAAACUAUACACCGCCGAGAUCGACAAGUACAAAGCCGCCCUAGUGCAGCUCAAGGACAUGUCGGACACCGAGAAAAACCAGCUGACCAAUCAGAUCACUACGCUGGAAAAGAAAGUGACGUCACUGAGUGCUCUCGAAAGCAAGUGUGGCGAACUGGCGCAGACCAUUCUGGAACAGGUGGGGGACAAAUUGUGUGUGGCCGAGUGGUGUGCUUGGGUGUUCAUGUGA